AUGUACGACGCUGCAACAUGGGAAGAAACCAUAUCUAAUGCACUCACCAAGGUGAAUCAAGGUAGUGCUAUCAAGUAUGAAAGAGUCAAGAACUUCACAAAGGAAGAUAGUGAAGAGGUCUUGUCUCUACCUUCAGACUCGUACAAAGACAUACCAUACCACAAGUACACGUUCGAAUCAAGUCCUGAAGCGAGAAGGUCAUAUCUUCUUGCUGGACUAGGCAAGAGGGUCGAUCCAAAGGUCUGCGAUAGGGAAGACACUAAUGAGUCUUGUGAGAUCAUCACGGGUCGAUCACGAUCUGAUGGGGAGCCCGUGACUUUACGAUUCCAGAGAAAGUCUACAACUCUGAGUGCGUGA